AAUAAUAAGAUAUUUAUGUGAUAUAGCAUUCAGCCUUAUUUUUAUGUCAGACAUUUUCUGACACACUGCUUUUGCAGUGUUGCUUGUAUUUCAUCAUACUAACCAGAUUUGGGGGAGAAAAAAACGAAAAAGAAGGCAUGGAGCAACAGAAAACAAGUCGCAAGGCUAAAACAGGUCGAAAAUCUUCUCCUGAGCUGUGAGCAAUCAUGACGUGAUGUUUCAGCCACCCUUCCCGGACCACGAGGGCAUAAAAAUAAAUCUUAUGUGGAAAAUGGAAUAUUGAUUAUGCAGCGCCGCAGUCGCCGCUGUGCUUUUAGUUCUCAAUUAUCAGUCGCAAAUCAAACUGACUUGCAAGGAUUCCAGCACACAGACUUGUUGAGCCUGCGGGAGACACCGUACGCUGAUAUUUCUAAAUUGCUCCGCUCGUGGUUGCAGUUUCAGCCGGAGCAGCAGCCUGUAUAAAGCGUCGCAUGAACCUCGAAACAAAAUCAGAGUUUGUGGGUUUAUUCGAGGCUCCGUGCAGUUUAUAUCAAUACCUUCAGAGUCUUUCUGCUUGCCAGCUUACAUUAGCAACAACAGCCUCCACGUCACAGACAGACGUGUCACAGCAGUUUAUCAUGUGAACUCUUAAAAAGCAAAGAUUUAUCGAGUUUGUCUUAGUACGCGGAGAGGGAGUGAAGGUUUUAGAGUAAAUGCUCCUCUGGGAGCGGUGGCGGAGUGCUGCUGCUGCUCAGAGGGUGAUUUGGCUCGAGGCAACCUGACAGUGAGCUAGACACACACAGACAGACACACACACAGACACAUACACACACAAGUAACCCAGCAAUAAGCAACAUGCAGUCAUUUACUCUGUUUCUCCUCAACACAGACAUUCACAAAUGCCAGCUCCCCUCCCCACUGCUUUCACGGUGAAAAUCAAUGGUUGCAGAGCCCAACUGGACAGAGUAAUAGUGGAAAAAUAAAGAAAUCAAUGCAGACUUAUUAACUGAACAGAGCUUCCUUUACCGCUGACACAAAAAUAUGUGAGUGUUUGACUUGUCUGUGUCUGUGAAUGAUGAUAGCUGCUGCUGGUUGUAGACAGGAUGUGCGAGCGCAUAAGCAUAUGAGCGUCUUCCUCUAUGUGUGUGUGCGUCUGCCAGUCAAGAGUGUGUGUCCCUGAACGUUGGUGGCUGGUGCUUGUGUAUGAGUGUUGUAUUGUAGGCGUGCUUUGCAUGUUCAUGAGCGCUCCUGUGUGUGUUUGUGCAUUUUGGUGCGCACCAACAAGACUAUCUCUCAAAGUCAGUGUGUUACUCUUGGGUUAGUGCCACAGUGCACUGCCGGAGCCUUGGCCCUCAGUUUAUUUGUGGACAAAAGGAUGCUCGGAGACAAAUGAUUUAGCACCUGUCAGUCAGAGCUGAAGGACGGGCGAUGAGAAAAGAGAGAGGUCAGAGACUAUGGAAAGGGAAAAUGAUGGCGGCUUUUCAAGGAAACUGCGAAGGGAACAAGGAGAGAAAGAGGGGGGGAAAGUUGAAGCUGGAAAAAGAGAAAGAGAUUCAGAACCAAAAAAAAGAGAGCGAGAGAGAGAAUUUACGAUUUAGCUCUGGGUCAUCACAUAGCUCAAGUGCCUGUGAGCAAUUUUCCCCUGGAAAUGACAGCUUCUAUUUCUGCAGAGUUGUUUGCCUAACAGCAGCUCACAGGAACUGUGGCUGGCCUUCAGGCCCUGCAAGCAGAACCUUCCCUGAUCGCGAGAGUUACCAUAACAACGGAUGAGGCCGACCUGCACCGAUGGCAACGCGGGGAUGUGAACUUUGAUUCCCGCCUCCAGCACUCUGGCUAGUCUGCUGCACCUCUGACAUAUCAACACCUACCCUUCUUGGCAAAAACAAGAGAAAAUCCUAAGAGCGCUGCGCGGCGAGCUGUUCUGCCUCUGAAGACCUACUGUAAAGCCGUCAUGGGCCUCUUGUGGUUCUCCAGACUAAUCCUGAUCAUCCUAGUCCUCAUCCCUCAGCCGUCCCUGGGCUGUCCCUCCGGCUGUCGCUGCUACAGCCUCACAGUGGAGUGCGGAUCUCUCGGGGUCAAAGAAAUCCCACAGGGCAUCCUGUCUGUCACCGAGACCAUUUUCCUCCAGGACAACGCGAUAGUGCAGAUCCGUCUUCAGGACCUGACUCGCCUUGGCAGCCUCCAUUAUCUAUACCUGCAGAACAACAGCAUCUCAGCCCUGGAGCCUGGGGCUUUUCUCGGGCAGGGGCAGCUGCUGGAGCUGGCCCUUAAUGGUAACCUCAUCCACCUGGUUACCUCUGAUAUGUUUCGGGGUCUGGAGCACCUAAGGAUCCUGUAUCUCGCUGGCAACCAGAUCACUCGAGUCCAGGACCACACCUUCAGAGGACUACAGCGUCUGCAGGAACUCCACUUGCAAGAAAACAGCAUUGAGCUGCUAGCUGAGCAAGCCUUGUCUGGAUUGUCGUCUCUGGCCUUGCUGGACCUCAGCAGGAAUCACCUCCGCACCCUGGGAGCCUCAUCACUCAAACCGCUUGUCAGUCUGCAGGUGCUCCGUGUUACAGAGAACCCAUGGCGCUGUGAUUGCGCUCUUGGCUGGCUGAGAACCUGGAUAAGCGAAGACGGACAGCGUCUCUUGAGUUCUGCAGAGCAGCGUCGGCUAAUGUGCUCCGAACCUCCUCGCCUCUCCCAUCUCAGCCUGGUGGAGGUACCUCCAAACAGUCUGGUCUGCAUCCCUCCAGUAGUGCAGCUCGAGCCAAGCCACCUGACCGUUCGCCUAGGAGAGAGUCUUCGAGUCUCCUGCCAGGCCUCGGGAUACCCUCAGCCUCAAGUGACUUGGAAAAAAGCCUCCCAUGGUAAACCACAGUUGUCACCUCGAGGCCUGGUUCAAGAGCUGGGACCCAAUGGGGAGCUGUUUAGGCCUGGGGCCGGUGGAGUGGUGACAGCCUUACCUAGCAGUGGAGGGAUCAAGGUGGGAGGUGUUGGAGCAAUCCACGGGCCUGUACGUGGAACUGAGGAAGGUGGCGAGAGGGACAGCUUUGAUCCAGACAUGGGCAGCGGCAUGCUGUUUCUCAGCAAUGUGACCGUAGCACAUGCUGGGCGCUACGAAUGCGAGGCCUGGAACCCUGGUGGUGUGGCUAGGGUUACUUUCCACCUAGCAGUCAACAUGUCUUCUUCCUCCUAUUCAUCUCAGUUUUGGCCUCGUUUGAACACUCACUCCUAUGUUUCAUCUUCGUCCAACUCCUUUUACCAGCCUGAGGUUGUGGAUGUUAGCCAGGAGCCUCUGUAUGAGCAAGACAGCAUGGACUUUAAUGCCCUGGGCCCUGCCACACAGACUGCUAUUGCUGUUGGCAUCUCCUUGCUGGCACUCACUGCUGUUCUCCUCUUGAUUAUGAUCUACACUCGUCACCAGCAGUAUCAGAAAGACGACACUGGCUCCUAUUGCACGAGCAAGGAAGAGAGCAUCCUCUAUGUGAACGACUACUCUGACGGACCCACCACCUUUGCGCAGCUGGAGGAGUACCGCGAUGACCAUGGCCACGAGAUGUACGUACUCAACCGAGCCAAGCCGGUCCUGGGUUCCACUUCGUCUGCAUGUCCCAUGAUGAGUGGGUUUGUCCAACAGAAGGGCAUGAAGGAGGCUCUCCUCGAUCACGAAAUGGUUCAGACUCUGACACGAUCGGGGGGAUUGGGACUACGCAGAAACCCAGCGGAUGGGGGAGAGGGGCCCCUAACAACAGACCCAGAAGAGCUCUUCCUCAGUCAGAGUCUCCUGUUCGGAUCACAGGUUGCCUAUGAGAUCCAUUGUUAAGGAGUCAUUAUUAUGCUCUGGCAUGAAACAAUAUGUUGAUGGACUUUUAAUUAAAGACAAUAAUGGAAAUCACCUUGGUGCAGUGAUUUGAAGCAUCAGAUUAUUAUCUGGCCUUUUAAAGAGGGGAGAUUGUCAGUCAGUAAUUUCUGGGGGAACCUGGUUCACAAGUGGCCUCUGAGAGAGCUUCAGGAUUGAUUGUAUGACACUCGUGAUGGGUUAAGAAGACUGACGAUUGAAGGGGAAAUAACACAUGAACCACAGCUUUCUGUCUCAAAAUCAACCCUUUAAGGAUAACUCUAAGUGGCUAACCUCGUCAGAAAUGUUUAGUUACACUAAGAAGAGGCUGAAACGAUGCAGCACACAGUGUCUGCUUUAUUCUAAUUUCGUUAGUUACGCUUUACUUUUCGUGUUUCGUCUAUGUUUUGUGUAAUAUAAUACAAAGUUAAUUCUCAGAGUGAAGUACAGUUGUUUUGUGAAUCCUGCUACACAUCCCAUUAGAAUUAGGCCUAAAGCAAUCCUCUUACUGAAACUACAUUAACAUUACCCAUAUGUGCGAGUGGGUGUGGGUAGGUGAAUUUGUUUAUAGAGGUUCAUUCUGAAUGCAGAAAUCUAGUCUUUUUUAUGUUUGUAUCAUAGCAUUGUUUUUCUUGAUGUUAACAUGUUGUGUUGUUUUAUACCUGCUGACUGCAACACUAGAACAAGAUAUUAGCAUUUCUAAUGUGUGAAGUCGACUCUCUGAAAGAACUCAAGCUUCAUUAACGUCAGUCUGUAAUUACCAUUAUGAUGUUAAUAAUGUACAUUUUGUCUUUGGUUUCUACAUAAUAAAAUGUAUU